CUGAAUCAUCACAAAGAAGAUGGAAAAACAUUACGAACAUGAUAAAGUUCAUGAUCAAGAACUGAAACAUCUCGUUAUUAUCUAAAGUAAGACUGAAAUAUGAAUCAAUUUUUUUUCACUUUCAAACUGUUAAUGAAUUUUGCUCACAACUGAUCAAUAGUUUCAAUCCGUGUCAUCAUCAUGAUCUUGCACCUUAAUUGUUCAUUGUUAACAUUUGGUGAAAUCUGAUAUCACAAGAACAACAAUUCAAAGUUAUUAUCUACAAAAAUCUAACAUUUUGAUUAGUCUCCGAUGAUCAGAACUAAUUUUACAUGGAAAGUUCAUCUUAUUGGUUCAUCAUUAACUAUGUUCAAAAUUCAUUGGCAACUGAAACGGUGACAAGUUAAUUCCUUACAAUCAACUGAUUGUGAUCAUACUCUAGUAACCUGAUUGUGUAAAUUAAAUUUCUAAUUAAAUGGCUUUAAUUAAAAGAUGUUGCUUCCUCUCAGUUCGCAGAGGAAGCUAUUUAAGCGCUUUCUACACCUUGGUAUUUUACACGAUGAUUUUCAUGGCUGGAACAAUUAAUAUUCACUCCAUGCAAAAUGAUUUCUAUGUUUUUGUUAUUGGACUGUGCUUGAUGAUCAUGUCGGCAUUGACGAUAAUCACAUCAAUCAUCAUGAUCCUUGGAAUAACUGGGGAAAAUGUCAGCCUUUUGUUACCUUGGAUAGCGACUAUUUUUAUCUUAACAAUUCUUGAAGGAAUCAUAACUGUAUUCAUGAUAACAAGAUCUGUAAGUACAAAGUCUAUCGAUCCAUUUAUGAUUUGUAUGGUUACAGUUGAUUUAAUUAUCUGCUCGGCAAAUAUUUAUGGACUUCUCUGUGUAAUAUCACUUUUCUUUGAAAUUCGUAAAAAGAGAAAUUCUCAAUCUCAUGAUGAGACCAGAUUAUAUAAGAGACCUAAUCAGAUGGAGAUACCGUGCAAGGAUAACGAGGAAAUAAGCAAAGAGUAUCUUCUCACCUCAUCUCCUCAGCGACUUCCGGUUUGCUCACAGACUGAAGAAGAUAACAAGUCAAGUACAUCGUUUCUUAGUAUGAAAUGAAUCACCUUAGAUGACCACAGAAUUUGGAGUUACACAUAUAAAUAUUCAUUCGUAUUCAUAACUCAAUGAAUAACAAUUCCAAUCUGAUAAAUGUUAAAAUCUUAUCUCUUCAUCAUCAGAAUCCCGAUGAUAAAAUGACCCAUGUUAAUAACAAUCUUGAUGUUCGUUGUACUUAUCCAGUUGUACCAAAUGUCGUUACAAUCUGGACCAUUUACUGGAUUAAUUUAAAUCCAUGUUAAUCAAUGAACAGAUGAAGGAUCUACAAUAAGCUUAUAUAAGUCAAAUACAAAAUCAUCUGAAUAUUAAUAAUGUUAUGAUAAAAAAAAACACAUUUUGAUCCUUAAUCCAUUAAAAAACUAAAUUCAAACCUAAUCAAAAAUAUUAAUCACCCAAAAUUGGAUCAGAAUAUUUAAACCCAAAUUAACUAAUUUAAUUAACGAUCAAAUAUAAAAUAUGUAACAUUCAAUUUUUGAUAAAUUGUACAUUUGUCGAUAUAUUAUAACUAAAUCUACACUUAAUUGUUACAAUAAAUCGUAAAGAAUUAAAUCUUGGAUUGUCAUUUUCUUCUCAAUCAAUUUUUGUGACAAAAA